CAUGAGGAGGUGUAGUAGAACAUCCUGGUGACUGAUGAAUGAAGAGAGAGAACUGCACAACGAUUCCACGCCGAAGCGUAGAGCGCAGCAGAGGACGCGAGAAGGGGCGGCGAGUUCUUGAAUCCUCUCUCUCCGCUGCUGAGCCUGCUCAUCAACCCGGCAUGGAUGCAAAGAACGUAGGCAAUGAACAAGAAGCUCAACAAAAGCUUGAUGCGGUGACAGGCAGUGUUCCAAGACCUAAUCAAGAGACCUUGAAACAGUUCGCAGAUUCAGACGCUGGAAACAUCAGUCCAGCAAAUGGCCAGGAAGCUGACGUGAACAUGGAAGCUGCCAUCUCCACCGAGGACGUCAUGCGAGCUGGCGGGUUUGGAGCAAAAGAUGACAUUGGCAGCCUCCUCCCAACAGCUAUUGAUUCGACAGAUUUCGAGGCCUCGCUGCGGGACGCCCGCGACUUCGAAGGUGAGAAAGAGGCACCAUCACAUCCUGGACUGGGCUGGAAGGGGGAGAAAGCUGAUGAUGGUAGCAAACCAUCAGAUGUGCCGCAGCAGUUACCAUGAUAUCUUACCUUGUAGGCUAGUCCAGCUUCAGCUUCAGAAAACAUUUGCUGAUCACGUUUAUGUACGUUGUUCCCAAGAGCUGCUGUACGUUUGAACUUUUUGCCACAAUGUUAUGUGUGUAGCAUUCUGCUGUUUCAGACUAUCAGUGCUGUGUGAUCAUGAGGAUAACGGUUCUUGUC